UCAUGGCGGCGCCCACAAGACUUUUGUCAAGGUUGGCAGUGGUGUCAGGUGGGGGUAGUGGGAUUGGGAGGGCGGUGUGCCAGAGACUGGCCUCUGAGGGAGCAUCGGUGGUCGUUGCUGAUCGCAAUGAAGAAUCGGCCAGUCAGACCCUGGAGACACUGUCACGUCACAGUAAAGGUCAGGAGCACAUGGCAGUGACAGUGGACGUUUCAUCGAGGGAGAGUGUGGAGAAGCUGGUGACCAUUAUCCAGUGCCAGUACUUCCAGCCUCCCUCAGUGUGUGUCAGUGCAGCUGGGAUAACUCAGGACGAGUUCCUGCUCAAAAUGGAAGAGGAAGACUUUGACAAGGUCAUUCAGGUCAACCUCAAGGGUACUUUCCUCCUCACUCAGGCUGUCUCCAAGGCGCUGGUUGCCGCGGGUGCUUCCAAGGGUUCUAUCAUCACUGUUGGCAGUAUUGUGGGCAAGGUAGGGAAUCUUGGCCAAGCAAAUUACUCUGCCUCUAAAGCCGGAGUGGAGGGACUCACUAGAACGGCAGCCAAGGAGCUUAGCAGGUAUGGGAUUCGGUGUAACUGCAUCCUGCCUGGGUUUAUUACUACACCAAUGACAGACAAAGUGCCAGAGAAAGUGAUCAGUAAGCUUACCUCCAUGGUUCCACUGGGCAGGAUGGGAGAGCCUGCUGAAGUAGCUGAUGUGUGUGCUUUUCUUGCCUCUGAUGACAGUCGCUACAUUACAGGAGUCAGCAUUGAAGUAGCAGGUGGCCUUUUCAUUGGCUGAGAGAACUGUCCAUCAUUCCAGUGAUGCCCAAUGAAGUAAAAGUUCAAAGUCAAUGUGCCUUCUCUUUUGUACAUUAACAGAGUAUUUUUCAUAUUGAUUUAUGUUAAUUUUGUUAUGUAAAAAUGUAUAAAAUCUGUACAUGAGAUACAUAUAUCCAUGUCUUUUGUCAAAGUGUUUCAGAAAUGUGUUUUGUGUAAAUAAUAA